AUGGCGUGCGCUGUUGUACGCCAACACAAUUGUAGCUACCUAUACUCCACACAUGCCAGCUACGGCUUCACCUCAACCAAUUUCCCGCCGAUUUGCAGUACUUUCCAGCUCAAGCGCUCGACAAGACACGGCAAUGUUAAUCUAUUGGCUCGAUUUCGAACGUUCCCUAGAUCGUCGCCAGCUAACGAUAAAACAUCCAGCACUAUGUGUGAAAAGCCGGAGUCCGGCGCCGGAGACAAUCGGGUUGAUGCUAGCCGGCAGGAUACGGGUCAUAUACCCGAAUCCCCCUCUAUUGUCGCACGUUUUAGGGAGAGAUUUAAGUUGGAUGGGCUCGGACUGGAGAUUCUUUCUAUUGCGCUGCCAGCAGCUCUGGCACUCGCUGCCGAUCCCAUUAUGUCGCUUGUUGAUACAGGAUUUGUGGGUCAUUUAGGGUCUGCUGAACUGGCUGCUGUUGGUGUAUCUGGAGCCGUUUUCAACCUCGUUUCGAAGUUAUUCAAUGUACCUCUGCUUAACGUUACUACAUCUUUUGUUGCUGAAGAGCAGGCAUCUUUUAUGAAGGAUGCUGAUGUAUACGGUCAAGUUGUCAAAGAGCAGGAAAGUAAGAUAUUUCUUCCUUCAGUAUCAAAUGCACUAAUCCUUGCUGCAGCUCUUGGGAUCAUCGAAGCAAUUACACUAGCCAUGGGAUCCGGUUUCUUAAUGAAUACGAUGGGUAUACCUGUUGAUUCACCAAUGCGCUUGCCAGCUGAACAAUUUCUUACCCUGAGGGCCUUUGGAGCCCUACCAAUCGUGGUGUCACUUGCUGCUCAAGGAACAUUUCGUGGGUUCAAGGAUACGAAGACACCUUUAUAUGCUGUUGGAGCUGGCAAUGUACUAAACACAGUACUUGAUCCGAUAUUAAUUUUUACAUUUGGUCUCGGCAUUAGCGGUGCUGCCAUUGCUACCGUGAUUUCUGAGUACUUGACUGCUCUUAUUCUUUUAUGGAAGUUGAGCGAGGAAGUGCAGCUUAUUGCUCCUAGUAUUAGUGGACAGAGGGUUGUUCAGUAUCUUAAAUCUGGGGCCCUUCUAACAGGGAGAACUCUAGCAGUCCUUAUAACGACAACAAUUGCUACAUCAAUGGCAGCAAGAGAGGGUCCCAUUCAAAUGGCCGGAUAUCAGAUUUGCUUUGAAGUAUGGCUGGCUUUGUCUUUGCUAAAUGAUGCCUUGGCACUUGCUGGUCAGACUCUACUUGCAAGUGACUACUCUCAGGGAAACUACAGCCUGGCACGUCAAGUGACCUACAAAGUGUUACAGAUUGGCUUAAUACUGGGAGCAGCUUUAGGGGUAAUUUUGUUCCUUGGAUUUGGUGCAUGGUGCAGCUUAUUUAGCACAGAUCCAGAAGUUCUGCGAAUAGCCCGAUCUGGAACCUUGUUUGUUGCCGGGUCUCAGCCCAUGAAUGCUAUAGCUUUUGUUCUGGAUGGGCUCUACUAUGGAGUUUCAGACUUUGGAUUUGCUGCUCAAUCAAUGGUGCUCGUUGGACUAACCUCAUCAGCCUUCUUACUGGUGACUGCUCCUUCUUAUGGUCUUGCUGGUGUAUGGGGUGGCCUCUUUCUCUUUAUGACCUUGAGAGUAGUAGCUGGAGUCUUAAGGCUAAGCACCAGAACCGGACCUUGGAGAUUGCUUUUGCUGGACUCGGAAAAGGAUAGAACAGAAUAA